GUGACGAUGAGGACCAGUCGUCCAAGCCAACGUUCAGCGUCCGGGAGCUGCGAGCGAUACUGCACGAGAGGAACGAGCUCAAGUUGAGACUGAACCGAGCCGAGGAACAGCUGCAGGCGUUGCAGGUCGAGCCGCAACCAGAUAGCAGCGGCUCGGACACAUCGCCAUCAAUAAGCAGCAGUGUGGUUGAAGAAGAAGAGGCGCCAGUACAAGGACCUCUGCCGGCUGAACCAGACGACGCGCCAUGGAAACGCAACAGCGGCAUAAGGAAGUUGUUCUGGUUGGCGAUGACGUCACGGGCGCACGGGAGUCGCUCGCCGCCACCGAAGAUCUCUUUCGGCCCUUGGUAUUAAACCACUAUAAAGUUUUCGCAAGCUCUUUGUUGAGUCUGAUAUCGCCGUGGGCGCGUUCCCCCGCCGCGGGCCUCUGUCGCUUGCCGGCAAGGUAUCCGCGACCGCUGGCGCUGCCUCCGCCCCCGCGUAGACACUCCGACCCCACCGACACAGACAAACACACAAACACUCCACAUAACAAGCGCAGACGAUACUCCGAAGUCAAACAGUCACAGAUAGACCUGAGACAGGAGCUCGUCAAUCUCAACCUUAACAAACUCGAAGUUGAUAACUGGCUCGGAAGUAAGUUUGACGAGGGGGACGAAGAUGCAGAAUUUGAGCUGGAUUUUAGAUUCAGUCAUGACAUACCGUUGCAGAGGUCCAUUUCCCUUGAUCGGGGUUUAGAUAUUGUCAAUUAUUUACAGACAUUAGGUUCUGAUUGGUCGCUCAGCGAGGUAACGUCUUCAGAAUCCUUUAUUUGGAUGGUAGAUUCAGAGAGCAAUGGUCUACGUUUUGAGCAGUACAGAAGUUUUGAAGACAUUCCCGCUCCUUCUAAAGUGAAAAACAGACAUGUAUCUUUAGACGUAACAAAUUCAAUGUUAGGGAACAGCGUAGCCCUAUCCGUUCUCAGAGAAAGCUAUAAGGGUAUCGAAGUGGAUGAUACUAAUUUGUCUCCCCAAAUAAGAAAACUACAGAAAACAUUUUCAUUUAAGAAUUUCGACGAUUAUAGAGAUUCUACCAAAACUUCAGCUGAAAAUUUAAAUUUUACUUAUGAUGAUACCAAUGUUGUUAAACCUCCUUUAUAUAGGAAUACUUCUGUAGAUAAACAAGAUAUACCUCACGAUAAAGUUAAAACUGUCAGGCAAAGACGUUUUGGUGUUACAGCGAACGCUUGGCAUCAAAAUUCUUACAUAGAUUUGAGAAAAGAAGUUUUGGUAAGACAGAAUAUAAAGGAAGCUAGAAGUUUCAAUGAUUUAAUGGAAAAUAAUACAAAAUCUGAAAGGAAAACUGAAUCAGAUAUGAAACAUAUGAAGUUAAAACUAGACUCUUAUAAUAUAAGUAGUGAAAACAUAUCGAAACUAAAGAGGAGCUUCUCUAAGAUGGCUCCUAAAAUCAUACAUGGAAGUAAACCAGCUAUUGUAGUUGAGAACAUAGACCAAUUUAAAACGAACAAUGUAGAAAUAUCAAAUCAAGUUGAAUAUAGUCCAAAUUUAGUAGAAGUAGCAACUCAUUGUGACUGUCGUAUUUGUUGCGAGAAGGCAGACCAGAAUUCAUUUUUCGGGGACAGAAUAAAAUGUUUGUUUAUUAAAAUUAUAUCCUUUAUUAAUUAUGCUCGAAAGUCGUACUGGGAUGAAAAUAACAAUCUUAAUAAAAGCGAAAUGUACACUUGUAUAAUGCAACUUUUGAAAUUUUUAUUCGGUUUAUGGUUGAGACAUUGUGGUCAUAAUAGAGCUGAAGUUGUGACAAAUUGAUUCCUCUUAUUGUGUUGCAAUUUAUUGUAAAACGUAGCUCCUGUUUCGGGUAUUUUUUUCACACAACAAACGUAUGCUAUUAUUUUAUGUUCUCCAAGGGUGGCAAAUAUUUAAAUCAAAAUAGGCCGAGGCUUUAUGGCUGUGUUAUGUUUAUACUCCGUAUUAGAAGGAUAUUAUAAUUAGAAAUAUUUAUUGUAUAAUUUCCUAAGUAUGUAUCACCGCCCAUUUCAGAUGAUACAAUUUUGUCUGCAAAUAGAUAUUCUAAAAAAAACCAUUCCCGACUCGUGGUCACACCAGUUUGUCACACCAGUGUGACUAUGAGUAAUUUUUUUCCUCGUCGUCACACCAAGGGUUUUACUACACCCGGUAAUUGUUAUUAUAAGUGAUGUGUCAAUUUCUAUUAUCAUAAUCUCGACAUUCUCUAUAGUUUAGAUAACGAAUGACUAUGGACGGAAAAUGUUUUUUUCACUAAACAAUAUAAUUUAAAAAAAAAUGUGUAGUAGUUAGUAAACUAUUAACUGUCUUUAAAGAGGACGUGGAUAUUGACAUUGAAAAGAAUAGAAAUUGACACAUCACUUAUAAUAUCAAUCACCAACAGGGUGUAGUAAAACCCUUGGUGUGACGACAAGGAAAAAAAAUACUCGUAGUCACACGUGUGACCACGAGUCGGAAUUGAAAAAAACAAUUUCUAAUACAGAUUAGCGACAGUUUUUGUAGCACGAGGAGAUGGGCGAUACUAAAGAUAUAAAUUUUUCAAAUUGCUUUGAACUUUGUGGUACUAACGUCAAAGACUUGCUGCCCGCUGUUUCCUAAAUUAUAGGUGCGGUACUUUUUAUUGUUUUUUUUUUUUAUAUUUACAUAGACACGAUUGGCAGUCUUACGCUACUAACUCACUUAAGUAUGACAGAUAUUGGCAGACAGUGUUUGGCGUUAGUUAAGGUUUGGUUACUAAAACAAUUUGUAAUAGAAUUGUUAUUUUCACCGCGCGUUGAAACGAGGACGUGUUUUUUUAUAUUAAUGUUUGCGUGACGUCAGCAGUCAUGCAUUCCUUAGAGAAUAUAAUUAAGCCUGUCAAAAUACGUCUUGAAAUUGGCGAAUAGGUUAUAUGCCUAGAAAUAAACUAGUUUUUGUUUCCUUUUUAUUUUAAUAUUUUAUUUGGCGCGAAAAGCAGCGUGAUGUCUUAACAUGGCGCGCCGCUAUGAAUGACGUCACAGCGGUCAGUGACCCGGUUCAACCAACUUAAUAUUCGGAAAGUAUAAUAAUAUAAAGGAAAAAUAAAAAUUUGAUGAUCGUCUGAAUUUACAAACGAAUUUUGAUUGGACAUUGUUUUAAUGCCUGGCUCUGACGUCAGUCAAAUUGCGACCUAUCCUCAUCUUAUCGUGCGGGGAUUAUAUUAUAGCAAAUACUUGGUGGUAUUCGAACUCUUGGGGCAUUGUAGGUCUGUGGCUAAAGAACUCACAAGGUGAACGGUGGAGAAAGAGUUUGAAUUCCACUGUUUUUAAUUGAAAGAUCAAAGCAGUUUGAAAUAGACUAUUUUAUGUAAUUAAGGAUGAAGGUAUUGUUAUGUUACAUUUGUGCAUGCAAUUUUGGAUUUUUAUAGAAUGGGAAACAAGUGCUAUAAUUGUUUGCACAAUCUUUACAGAUUGCGUAAAUUGCUGCACGACUGUAUUUUCUUGAAUCCGAGUUGGGACCGCUCUCGUUGCGGUUGUAAGAGUUAUGUUUAAAAGUCUUGCAUCCGGCGCUUAGUGAGCCUUUACGUCGUGGUGCUACUAAUUAUUAUUAUUAUUAUUAUUGGACUUGUAAAGUAUUUAUAUCUUUAAAAAAAUCACUUACUUUUAAAAUAUGCUUAUUAGAUGUCUUUCAUUGUUAUUAUUUUCUGAUAUAAACUGACGAGAAUAAUAUAUUUUAGCCUAAACACAUGGUUGAAUUUGAUACUGCCAGACCAUCCGACGAUCCUGUGGGCGCCUCACACCAAUUGUACCGUCGUCGUACUCAGUACGGUAAUAAUAAUAAUAAUUUUGGACAAUACGACAUAUCAUCAAAUAUGGUCCGGUACUAGACCGCGUCCGAUGGUUCGGCCGAACCAAAUCCGAUCUUGUGUUUAGUCUAUUGUUUGUGCAUUAACUUGACGUUGCAAUCUAGGAAGGGGCAGUAUUACUACCAAAGAGAGUAUGUCCGGCAGUGAUCACCUACCGUUAGGUGAUAUGUACGCCCGGUUGGGCUUUCUAUGUCAUGUUUCAUCUAGAUUUACAGACAGAUAAUCUAAGCAUACUUAAAAAGUAAGUGAUGCUGUACUGGCUAGGUUUUUCCAACUUAAAACACUCUUUCUUUUUUCGUUUUUCGUUUCAAAUUUGACGGAUUCUCAUCAUCCCUUGUUAUCACUAAGUAUAAUAUUCAGUAAGAAAAAUAUCCAAUGAAUUUAAUGCUUAAUUUGUUUAUUUAUGGCCUAAGAUAGUGUGUAUAUUAGCAGAUUUUAAUUUGGACCGUAUUAAAUAAUUCAAUUUUAUAUGGUACUUGAUUGAAUUUCUAAAUUGUAUUUACUUCUCAAUUUCUUAACAUUAAUAGUCUCCAUAGACAUUUAAAAGAGAAUGCCAAUUUAGAUAGACUUUAAUAGCAGCUUGUUUGCGUCAUUCGAAAAUGUUUUAUAGGAUUUAGUACGUAACAUGAGGUAAUAAUAGAUGGUUUUAUAUGUCAUUCCGAAAUCUAAGCAAACAGAAAAGAAAUUAUAGAUUAAAAAUGUCAUCUAUAUAUAGAGUCAUUUUCAUGAAAGAAGGCCCAUAGACGCGGCGGUGUUACGGCUGUACGAAGGAAUAUUGUAGCCUUGUGAUUAUCAUAUACUCUUUGGAGGACAAAGAGUAUAUGAUAAUCACAGGGUAAUAAUACUACUAUAAUACUUUACUCUACUGAUUUUGACUCUGCUUAAAUAUCAAAAUGUAAUAAUUUCAAAAUUAAUUUUUAUUGUCUUCCUAAAUUGAUACACAUUGUAAAAUAAUACAUUUACAUAUGAGUUUCACUUAAUGCCGCGGUAAUUCUUUCGGUUGACGGACUCUAGCACUGUUGCUAAGAAAAAUAUUUAUAUCGCUGAAAGUUACUUUUUAUUAUGAAUGAUAAAAUAUUCGAAUUACAAAAAGUUUUUUUUUGGAAUUGUUUUUACAAGACAAGACAUUUUUUUAAAUUCCAUAUUGAUUUACUUGAACCAGCAGCUUGGAAUAUAGUUUAUAUAUAUAUAUAUAUAUAUAUAUAUAUAUAUAUAUAUAUAUAUGUUUUAGUGCCAAACUUAAUAGCGACUUACAAUGAUGAUUUAUGUUAAAUUAAUAAUUAGUUUCUAAAAAAAAUACCAAGCUACAAGACAGCUGAUAAGUUUUAGAACUUGAAAAGAUAUAAAACAAUAAUAUUUUAUUUCUUUUGGAUAUUCAUUACAAUUUUGAAGUUAACGUUUUUUUUAUUAGGCUGUGUAUCCAUUUACUUGUACGACUUGGUACUCAAAAGGUAACUUCGAUGCUUUCUUCUCUUACUGCUCAAUACUACUUGAGUCUAAGUUAAAUUUACGGAAAUAUUUUCGAAUGAACGUCAUACAAGCUAUUAGAAAAUGUUCUUCCAUUAAUAUACUUCACUAGACGUAUUUGACUUACGCCCGUUUUCCUAAACCUUACACCGCUUAACUUAACCGCAAAACAACGUUUUGCUGGGUCAGUUAGUUACCAAUAAAAUCCACCACUCUACGUAGGUAGGUAGAUUCCUAAAUUGUUACACUUUCAUUAUAAUUAUUAUGUCCAUAAUUUUAGGAAGGAUUUUUGAAAAGUUCUGUAUGUAAUAAUUGUGAUAUUUUCUGUCACCCAAAAACUGAUUGCAUAUAUACGAUCUCAUACUAUUUUCUUUGUUAACGCCAGUGUUACACACAUUUAAGUAAAACACUUUUUAAAGGAUUAACAUGUGUAAUUGUAACUGUAUUUUUACAUUAGAUUUUGUCGUAAAAUUAACUUUAUUAUUAUUAUUUUAGCUAACCCAGCGUUUGAUGACGUGAGAAAACGUGCUCUGAAAACGUCACGAAACGUUUACACGCGUUUUAAUAUUUUAAAAUGUGUUUUAUUUAAAUUCGAUCUCUUAACUUUUCUACAUAUCCAGAAUUUUUUUGGGUAGUUAAAAACUAGUGGUUAAAACAUAUAGAAAUGUCAAGAUUAAGAGAUUUACUGAAAACGGGCGUAAGGUUUUUAAAUUCAACAUUUUGAGAAGUUUUUCUUUAGAAUUACCAACUAGACAAGGUGCCUCAUACAUUUGUUAUCACAAUAAUCAUAUUUUGUAGUAUUUUACUAAUAAGUGUAAUUUAGAUGCGGAAUGUAAUAACCGCUAUGUAUGUAGAGUAAGCAAUGUAAUCAUCUGUAAACCUCAUUUUAUUGCGUUGCAUGAUGUCGAUUAAACUAAAAUAAUUCACAUGUCCAGCUCAUAAGGUCCUGUUUCGAAUGUUUAAAUUAAUCUAUAUAGAUUGCAUCUUCACAUUUCCAAUAGGCAACAUCGACUGUUUGACAUUGCAAUAAAUUGAUCUUUAUAUCAUUAGUAAUUAAAUAUAACGGCUUAGUUCCAUGAAUGUCGUUAAUGCUAGUCACAGUACUGGGUACUUUAUUACAGAGUCGUUUUUGAACUAAUGGCGUUAUGAGAUUAUGUAUUGCUCGAUAUCACCUCAAACUUAUUACUAGACAUUCCAAGAGUAUUCUAUUGUGAAACUUUAAAAAAAAUAAUGUUUGCGACCUAAUAAUUUUAUAAUUUGCAUUUUAUUUUUAUAUAUAAUUAAUAAUAAUUAAACGAAUUAAAUAUCCUUGAACAUACCGUGUCCCUUGAAGAUUAAGAUUGCUUGAUUUAAAAAAAAAAUGGUUUGGUUUCCGUUUUUUCACUUUACGAAUCAUGCUAUCCUUUAUACAAUUGCCAAACGAGAGGCCUUCCAGAUGAAGCGAUUUUCACGUUAGUAGAGUCUCGUACGUUCAAUUCUGUUUGCCGAGUGUUGUUAAAAGUUAUAUCAAUAAAGGUUUGUAAGUUCUUUACUAAUUACUUUACACGAACUGCUGCCCUCGUACCAUAAUAUUCAUACAGUUUGCGAUACUAAAGCGACAGUCUGAUUCCCAGAUGUCUCAUAAUAUUUAUCAAUUCUCGGCGAACAGAUUAGCAAUCGUGCUUAAUACCUUAUCCUUUAAAUAAUUUGUUAUUUUUAAGGUGAUAUCACUCACCUUUGGGAUUAUUUAUACAAAUUAAAUUUCAACCACAACCUGAGAGUUGGACAAGACAUACCAAAAUUUACGAACCAUGCGUCAUUCGAACUUUUGGCUCAGUUGGUAAGAGCGAUCGGGUGGAACCCGAGAGGUCGUGGGUUUCGAGUCCCUCAUCGUUCAUAAAUUUUGGUUACAAAUUUAAUUUGUAUAACUACUUAAUACUUAAGUCAUACAUUAAAACUCGCGUUCUGUGUUUUUUCCUCAAGCGCAUAAAAUGUUAUCUGCACCGGUCUAAAUAUAAAAAAGCGCAUCUUUUCCGUAUAAAAUAAUAAUUAAUUGUUACUGUCAAAAUAAUUGAGCAAUACAUAUUAUUCUCUUUAUUAUUUAAUUCAAACCAGUGGGUAUCUGGGAACACUAAUCCAUCAUUCCAUUAUUCCUAUCAAAUAUUUAUAGAUACUUCUAGAAUGUUAAUCUGUAAGACAAUUUAUUGGUACCUAAUUAUUAUAAUGUUGACUGUGUCAAAAUUGAAAUAAAUAUGUUUAUAUUGAA